AUGGCCGCACCACACAUCCAGAUCAAGCUCACCAAGCCGCCCGACGGGCUCACCCGCCGCAUCACCUUCGACACACCGCCCACCUGGGACGAGCUCGCCGCGAAGAUCGAGGCGCUCUACCACAUCCCGCGGGGCGACGUCGCCGUCGCGUACGUGGACGCCGACGGCGACGAGGUCACGCUCAGCUCCGAGGGCGAGCUCCAGGACUUCUAUCGCGGCGUCCCGCCGGGCGCGCCCGGCGAGUCCAAGGUCGCGAAGUUCGCCGUCGUCGACCUCGGCGCGGAGAGGAACAAGCCGCUCCCGGCCACCCCGCGCAGCUCGAACUACCGCAACACGUUUGGGCAGAGCGUGCCGAUGAUGUACGACGUCGAGGACGAGGACGGCUGGCAGGGCAUCGCGCCCGGCCUGGGCUCGAUCUUCGGCGCGCCGCCGCCGGAGUCGGAGAGCUCGGGCCCGCAUGCGUUCUUGGAGAGCGUUGAGAGCGAGGCCGAGCGCGAGCGCGUCGAGCAGGAACAGGCCGCUGCCAUUGCUGAGGAGAAGCAGGAGGCAGUGACGAUUGCGGACUCGGAUAUGACGGACUCGACGCCGGUGCCCAUACCGAUCAGGGACAAAGGCAAGCAGCGUGCGUCCACCGUUACCUCUGGCUCGUCGACCGCCUCGAUUGUCGGCGGCUCUACCGACCCGAAGAAGUACCCUAUCCACGUCGUGGACAUGAAUGCCAUGACGGGCGAGGAUAUCUCAGAGACCCGCAGGACGCUGUCUUCUGCAUUCCGCGAGGUGUCGCCUCCCAAGCCUACCAAACUGUCCAGCCGCGCCACGUCGACAUCCAAAACGCCCACAACCCCCGACGGUGCGCCGGAUCCGCCCCUCCCCGACUUGGAUGCCAUCCCACCGCCGCCGCUCCGCGCGAACCCGUCGCUAACCGCCGACGUAGCGAACCUCUUCAAUACACUCUCGGGCGUCGUCGCGUCGCACCCGGAGCUCUCAGAGAACGUGCGUACUAUCGUUCGCAAAGCUACCAACGGGUCCUACUGGCAGGCGCACCGCCAGUCCGUCGCGCGUACUGCGGAUAGCUUCCGCCUGAGCGUCCAGACAACUGGGAACACCCGUGAGAGUACGCCUGAAGCGCGCAGGGCCCAGGAAGAGGCUGCUGGCCGCCGGGUGGCGGAGGCUAUCGCGAACGUCGUACGAACUAUUGGCGAUGUGAGGCUCAGCGUGACAAACGAUUCUGGCCCGACGACGUCGACGCCGCGCUCUCAGCGCGGAGGCCAGGAGCAGCGCAACCGCAGCAUCCCGCCCCCGCCCCCGCCGCAGUUUGGCCAUCGCCCGAAUGCCUACCGUCGGCACACCGCUGAUAGUGGCUGGGACUCUGGCCGCAUCAGUCGCGACCCGUUUGGCUGGAUGAGCGAAUGGGAGACGGAGGACGGCGGCAGGAGCGACCGACAUGCUAAUGGAGGCAGACAUGCUCCUGAGGCUUCUACCUCGAACCCUGUCGUGGCUACCCCCAGCAAAGCUCCGCAAACGCCCACCAAGCCCACGCAAACUCCUGAGAGACCGGACUCUGCUGUACAAAUCAUCAGCAACGCGCGUGGCCCGUUCCCCCAGCUGGAGAUGUUCACCGUCCCUACGCGUCGCCACACCGUGCAGACCCCGACCUCUCGCACACGCCGUGUGAGCAACGGGCCCUCCUCGCCCUCCGUGCCGCCCCCGCCCAUACCGCCGCCCGUGCCGCCCGCGGUGCAAGCCAUCACCCGGCGCCUUGGUGAUAUGGGGUUCACCGCGGAGAACUACCCGGGCCUCCCCGCGAUGGUGCGCGCGCGCGUGCAGGGCAGGAAGGAGCUGUCCCCUGACGCGGAGGACAACGCCGUGAGCGAGAUCGUCGAGGACCUGCUGUUGAUGUCGCCCCAGAGGCAGCCCGUGGCGUCUGGCUCGGGUUCGCGCUCGCGCCAGCCUGAGGCUAAGACGAGCCUUACGGCGACGCUUUUCGAUUGA